CAGCUGACACUAAUGCAGUGACCUCAUCGGCCUUGACCUCUAAUGUUGACAAAAUGAUGUGUGAUUGUGAAGUUAUUUGCUGAUUAUAAGUGCGUUGAACAACAAUGGUGCAAUACGGAAAUCGUAAACGACCGCAUCCUAUUGUGGAUAUUAUGGUUGGGAGUCCAAUUAGGCGGAAAAUAUUCCUGUACAAUUGUGCUUUGGCAUUGUUCAUGGUGACAGUUUGGUACUAUUGGAAUGGAGGAUUGUUACCCAAUUUCAACCGGCCAAGAAAAAUGACGUCUGACAUCAGUUUGAAUACCUACUUCAAAGCUGCUGCAGAUGACAGUUAUCAGGUAUCUUUUGCAAACCAUUUGGAUAGCGUCGGAUCACUGGAGGAGGCUCUCCACUCUAAUGCCAUGAUGUUAGAGGGCGAUGUUGUUUUGAGGUACCAAGGAACCAGUAAGCAACAGAUGACCCCCGUGAUGAGUCUCCCUCCUAACACAGACAGUGAUGUCACAUUCAACGACUGGGUGGACAAAGUCAUCACCACCAAGGGGAAGGGCAUUAAACUCAACUUCAAAUCUAUUGAGCCUGUGGAAGUGAGCUUACAACAGUUGAAGAGUCUGGAAUCAAAGUUGCAGUUCCCAGUGUGGCUUGGUGCUGACAUUCUCCUUGGUCCAAACUGUGUGUGCCACAAGAAGUCCGGCACCCAGCCUACACCUCGCUGGGAUCUCCCUGUCGAUCCAACACGCUUCCUGCGUCUCGUCACGACCAUGUUUCCUCAGAGUACUCUGUGUCUAGGCUGGACGGCUCAUUAUGAGAAAGACAAAGACAAUGGUGGAUACACAUGGCCCAUGGUCAUUGACAUGUACAAUUACGUCCAGAAAUGGAAUGCACAUCACCAGCCUUCGGUGUUUUCAAUCCGUGCGCCUCUCAUAAGAAAAUCUGUUGCACAGAUCAAAUGGUUGUUAGACAUGACCGGAGCUCAGCUUCAUAUCUGGGCAGAAGCAGAAGACGAGUUUGAAUCCUCCUUGAUACUCCUGCUUCAAAUAAUGCGUUCUAAAUUUCCCAAGAUUCAGAUCUUCUAUCAGUUGCCUGAACAUAUAUCGGGACGAUUUUCAGACCAUAUUGAUGACAUUCAGGCUGGAGCGCUACCUAAGGACUGGUCUGAACUUCAGCUGAGAAGUUUCAAUGCAGACCAAUGGAGUACAGCAGGUGCUGCUGCUAAUAGUGACAAGAACUUGUUAUAUGGUUCUGAGGCAGUCGUCAUGGCAAGAGAGAAACAACCAGUUUUCAUCAUGUCAAAAGAAAUCUAUAAAAGCACUAAAGAUUAUCCUUUGCAUGUUUCUGGGAAGGUCACUUUUAUAGAACCUGAGCAUUCAGAUGAAAAACAGGAAAAAGUUGAUUCUGGAUUAGUGAUUUAUAUCCGUGCAUCCACCGAGUCCAAUCCGCUGACAUUAUCUGGUAUAAAAUGCUUCAUCGCUGUGAAAGCUGGUGCAGUUCUUUUCAAUGUGACUGCUAAGACAACUCUGGGUAAAGAGAUAAAGCAGGAAGGCCAGCUACAAUUGGACAAUCAUUGUGUACGAUUUGAUGUUGUUGAUGAAAUGAAAACCGUCUAUUUAAAAGUCAGCACACUUGUCGAUUGUGAUGACCCAAUAUCAACAGCAGUCAAUGAAAAAUCGAGCAUUUUAUUGGAUCUAGGUGAAGUAGAUGUUGAGAAUAAAAAUUCUCGGGUAUAUUUGGAAACUUUAGGGGUAAAUAAGCAACUUGUGAUUGAUGAGUUAAAAAUAAAGUGAAAGUCUACUACUACCUUACUACCUUACUAAAUGUAGUCCAUGAAGCAUUUCUACUUUUCUUAUUUUCUUAUAUUUACCAUAUUUUUGAAACUGCUGCUCUUAUGAUGAGAACUGUGUACUUGAGAACUGUCAUUUGGUCAAUCAUAAUACUUAAUGUGACAGCUUUCAGAUUUGUAUGUUACACCAGGCAAACCAUAUGUUUAGGAUGGCCAAAAUAUCUCAGAAAGUUCAACUGCCAGGCACACGUUUUCAUCAUUAAAAUAAAAUUGUAUUUCCUCAUUCUAAAAAUUGCACAUUUUGCUGUCACUGUCUUAGUCUUCCACAAAGAAACAUAUGCACUAAAGUUUGUUCCUCACCUUUCUAAUAACUUCACAUUGUGCUAUAUAUUGCUUAUAUAAUGUCAUUGUAUGUGAAGUUGGGAAGUUUAGUGAUAUAACCUAGUGCCAUUGGCACAAUCAUUGAAUAUAGGAACCGAUGAUUUGGCAGGGUGUCACUGUCAUAUUUGAGCCUGCCUGUGUGAUCAAGUGCGUCACAGGCACACUCUGCUGGACAUGUACGAGAGGAAGAACAGUCCAAUGGUUACGUCCUUUGUUAUUUAGUAUAAACCCGGCGGCACGUUUUGGUGCUACCAGUGUAUUUCACCAUGCCCGAGUGGUACUGAAAUACCUGGCAUAACAAAGAAUAUUAUCAAUGGAUUCUUCUGUGCACUGGUCGUCUACUAUAUAAAUCAGUUUUACCAUUAACAGGCUUUGUUUACAAUGCGCUUUUAUAACGAGCUACUUGUCUGGGAUGCAGUGUAGUGUACACUGUUGUUGUUUUGUGUGUACCUUUUGUCAGUAGGUAACUCUAUUAACCUAUAGGAGAUUUAUUUAGUUGUCAUAGUGGAACAUUCUUUGUUUACAGUGGACAUUUACAUGUAUCCACUCAUUCUUAUACACAUAUAUAGUUGAUGUUAUUAUCUUCAUUGUAAGCCCACCGUCUGACACCAUCAAAAAUGAGUAAAACCAUUGUUAUAGGCCAACCCAAAGCACCACUGAUCACUGCAGGAGUAAUACAUGUAACAAUGUAGCAAGCAUUUAUCUUAUUUUGCAGUCGAUCACUAACAAGAAAUUCACAACUGUCUAUUUUAAACGCUAACAGCUUUUUUGUUGAAUGAAAUAAUAUAUUGAACA